AAGGCAUUGACCCGGAAGUAAAGCGUUUCCUUGCGGUCUCAGAAACGCUCCUUGGCAAUACCCAUCUCUCUUCCUUGGAAAAUCCCUAAAACUGCCUUCCCAUCUUCCUUUUUUUUCCCUCUAAAAAUUCUCUCUCCUCUCUUUUUGCGUUCUCUGCUCUGUUUCAUCACCAUAAACCCUACAGUCACCACGUCUAUAGUUCUUCAUCUUAUUCGUCCAACAAUGCUAAUUUGAAACAGUUGGGCUUUUUCUUCAUCAACCAACACUGAAAAAUAUAGGUUUCACUCUGAACUUCUUAUGAUGGAAGUUCAGGAUCCCAGUGACCACACUGAAAAAAAUAAUAUGCUUCCACCACCUGUUGGGAUCUUUAAGACUCGUGAAGACCUUCUCAAACAUGUCCGGGACUUUGCUCUGACACAAGGAUACAUGGUAUCAAUUAAGGAUUCUUCAAAGGAUAGGUAUGUGACCAUUGCUUGUGAUAGGAGUGGUGUUUAUCGCAAAAGGCUUAAGACAGAAGAAAACCUGCGUCAAAGGAAAACACCUUCUCGGCUUACAAAUUGUCCUUUUGAAGUCGUAGGCAAAAAGGAUGAUGACUUGUGGACACUAAACAUUAAAAACGGAGAACACAAUCACGAGCCUUCAAAAGAUACCUCUGACCACCCUUCAUGCCGCCGUUUUACAGAAGAAGAGGUCCUUAUAAUAAGGGAAAUGACUGCAGCAGGUAAAAGGCCACGGCAGAUUCUCAAGGUACUAAGGCAAAGGAAUCCACAUCUAGUAUCAGAUUCGAGAAAUGUUUAUAACAUUAAAGCUAAGAUCCGUAGAGAGAUAUUAUCAGACGGCAAGAUAGUGGAGUCACCAUCAAUGUCUUCGGCAACUGCUAAUAUGAACAGUGCAACAGUGGCAGUGGCACUAUCUGAACAGGUGGUCCAAAAUGGUGUGGAAUUAUCGGAUUCAACCAAGUCGUAUCUAGAAAGCAGCCCUGUGAAGGAGACAAGGGCAUUGGUAUCUGAACUGUGCCGGCGCUUCUACACACUGGGAUGGGUUUCGGGUACUGGAGGUAGCAUCACCAUUAAAGUCCAUGAUGAUUCCAUUCCCAGGCACCAUCAGUUCAUUGUCAUGUCCCCUUCUGGCAUCCAGAAGGAAAGAAUGGUCCCAGAGGACAUGUAUGUGCUAUCAUCUGACGGGUUUAUUUUGUCGACACCUCCUCUCAAGCCUUAUCCCCACAAUCCUCCCAAAUGCACUGAUUGUGCUCCUCUCUUCUUGAAGGCUUAUGAGAUGUGCAAUGCUGGGGCAGUUAUUCAUAGUCAUGGGAUGGAGUCUUGCCUUGUAACAAUGAUAUCUCCUUUCUCGAAGGAGUUUCGAAUUACUCAUAUGGAGAUGAUAAAAGGAAUUCAGGGGCAUGGUUAUCACGAUGAGCUUGUGGUCCCGAUAAUAGAAAACACUGCCCAUGAAGGGGAGCUUACAGACUCUUUUACUGUAGUGAUCAGAACUUACCCAAAAGCAACAGCUGUACUUGUUCGCAACCAUGGGGUGUAUGUAUGGGGAGACUCAUGGAUCAGUGCCAAGACUCAGGCUGAAUGUUAUCACUAUCUCUUUGAUGCUGCCAUCAAGCUUCAUCAGUUGGGAUUGGACUGGUCUACUCCAUAUCAUGGUCCCAUUCGCAAUGUCAAUGGAUCUUGUGGAUGCGGUGGAAAUGUUAGCAAGAUUCUGAAGGCAGGGGCUCUUAGUUCAGAUUGUGUCGUUGAGCCUUCCCAGCGCUGUAUUCUUCUUGACAUAGGAGGGACGACAACUCCUAUAUCAUUUGUCUUCAAUGUUCUUUUCCCUUAUGCCACUGAUAAUGUGGUAAAACAUUUGGCCACAACGUAUGACAGUGCUGAAACUCAAGAUGAUAUUAAUUUGCUCCGUUCUCAAAUUCAAAGUGAUUUGGAACAAGGUGUUGCUGGUGCCGUGCCUUUCCAUCCUGAUUGCAUGGGAAAAGAGCUGGUCAUUGCUUCUUUGGCUGCUAAUGUGGAAGCGAUGACAAGGGCUGACAGAAAAGUUACUGCCCUUAAACAACUGCAAGGCCAUAUAUGGAGGACUGGAUAUCAAAGUAAUGAGUUGAUGGGAGUACUAUUUAAUGAUGUACCAGAAGCUCUUGAGAGGUGGCAAGCCUCGGGCAUUAAGGUUUACAUAUAUUCUAGUGGUAGUAGAGAAGCACAACAGCUUCUCUUUGGCAAUUCAAAUUUUGGAGACUUGAGAAAGUACUUUUGUGGAUUUUUUGAUACUACAGUAGGAAGAAAAAUUGAAUCAUGUAGCUAUGUCGAGAUUUUGCGAACAGUGGGAGUUGAUAGGCCAGCGGAUUUGUUAUUUGUGACCCAUGCCUUUCACGAAGCUGUGGCUGCAAGGGCUGCAGGUUUGCAAGUGAUAAUCUCCAUCCGGCCAGGAAACCAACCUCUUCCAGAAAAUCAUGGGUUUAGAACUAUUGAAUCGUUGUUGGAACUAUAGCCUUGUGUAAAUCCAAUGAGAUGUUGCUAUAAUUAUGAUUGACACAUUCAGCUUAUGGUCUAAUUGAUCCUUCCACAGAAAGGGAUUUUCUUUGUACAACUGUUCGCAAGCUAGUUUAGCCGAAAAGGAAGAGAAAAGCUCCAUCACCCACUUUGUAGAUGCUGGUUAAUGAGCCGAAGUUGAUAAUAGGAAAUCUUCCUAUCUGAAGCAUCAACAGGUACCGCCUUAAAUACGCUCUAGUUAAAAUAUUAUGUACAAUCUAGAGCUAUGAAAAGGAAGACUUAUUAUUAUACCCAUUAAGAAAAAUGUUAAUGUACGGUGACUGGAAAUGGAAAAGCAGUGUUCGGAAAAUGUUAAUCUACAAACUGCAUAUGCAAUAUCAAGUCUAGAAGACUAGAACAGUUCAUCAAAUACGAGUUUACAAUAUAUACAUUUAUCUGUUUCAUUAAUUAAGGAACAAUUUGAUAAUAAUAUGCUUAUCAUGCCAUUGUUUGGGAGCUUGUUUGGAGUGCUU